UGCGUUCCUUAUUCUAGGGUUUGGGCGAAAGCAAAAGAUCGGCUUAUCGGCGUGGGCGGCGAUGCUCGGGGAUCGAUCGACCGCGACGGCGCCCGCGCUGUGCUAGGUCGGCCGCGGCGCUGCUGCGAUUCCAAUGAGGUAACAAAAUCCGCGGCCUCCUCUUGUGUGGUGCCUUUUCUUUCCCCGAUUUCGCGAGAAUCGGAGCUCCGGCCAUGCUUAAGAGGGAGAGUGGUGUCUUGCUUGAUGCAGCCGAUAGGGCAAAGAUAGGCGGCGGUGGUGGGCGGAGGGUGAGUCCUAUGGAGAGGCGAGGAAGUGAGAGUAAGGCCGCCGCCGCUCCUCUUGCUCCUCCUUCCCGCGUCAAUGUGUUCGAGCGCCUCAAGGCUCUGGAUAGGGAGAGAGAGAAUCGAGAGGAGAGGGAGAGAGAGAGAGGGAGGCUCGAGAACGAGCAAGACCAUGAACUUGUUACCCAGUAUAAGGCAGCUCUUGGCGAGCUCACUUUCAAUUCCAAGCCGAUUAUUACUAACUUGACCAUCAUUGCUGGGGAAAACUUACAUGCUGCUCGAGGCAUAGCCAACGCGAUCUGUUCUCACAUCAUGGAGGUGGCCAAGGAGCAAAAGCUGCCUGCGUUGUAUCUCCUGGAUAGCAUUGUGAAGAACAUCGGACGUGACUACGUGCAGUACUUUGGCGAGCGCCUAGCGGAGGUCUUUUGCAAGUGCUACAGGCAAGUCGACCCGACGACUUACCCUGCAAUGCAGCAUCUCUUCAAGACUUGGCGUGGUGUUUUCGGGCAAGCUCCUUUGCGAGCAAUAGAAGUUGAACUGCAUUUUUCUACAAUAAAUGGACCUUCUUUAAGAUCUGUAGAAUCGGUACCUCCUCGUACUGGGCAUGGGAUUCAUGUAAAUCCCAAGUACAUCCUCGAAGCUCAAAAACAGCUCCAACAAUCUAACAAGGAGGUUCCAAGAAAUGGCGACACUGGAUUCCAGAAGCGGUGGCCCGAGAAGAAUAGCAAGGGCGGCUCCUUGCCUUCACACGCGACUUCCAAGACAACAACAGGUUUGUGGAAGACCUCUGACAGAGGGGAUGGAGGCUCAAACGACGAAGUCCGGAAGGCUGCUGUUUCCUCGCGUUUAACAGGCCGUGGACAGAACAAAAACAAGCGCUCGCUGGCCGAUACGGGUUUUUCCGAUACACCAGGAACCGAAAGACACGUGCAGUCACCACGGAGGGAGGUUGACGGACGACACUUCAAGGCUAAGGACGUCCUUGAUCCAGCACCGCCACCACCACCACCACCGCCACCUUUGGCUCAGCUGCAGCAGAAUCCUCCACUCCCACCACAGUUUUCAGCUCUUCGACCACCUAAUAAUCAGUUCCAACAUCCUCCCAUGAUGUCCCACUCGCUGCUGCCUCCAGCGGGGCCUCCCCUUCAUCCGUUUGGCAUGCCCGUCUCGGAACCCUUACCAGUUUCUAAUACUUCUAGCCUGUUGUCCGCACUGUUCAAGACCGGUUUUAUUCCUCCUGAGCCAGAGUCCCAACUUCAGCCUGAGGCUCUACUACCGCCGCCGCCACCUCCACCUCCACUUCAAUUUCCUCCUCCACUACCAAUGUUUCCGGCUCCUGCACCACCGCUUGGGCCAUCCGGUUCUGGACCUGGACCUGAUGGAGGACUCGGGAAUCUCUUGUCAUCGCUCAUCACACAAGGCCUCAUAUCGGCGAACAACACAGAUGUUACAGGACUGGGAGUGGAGUUCCGCCAGGAAAUUCUCAGGGAGCGACAUGACAUCGUGAUCAACUUGCUCUACUCGGACUUCCCGAGGCAAUGCAAGACGUGCGGGCUUAGAUUUAAGGGACAGGACGAGCACAGCAGGCAUAUGGACUGGCAUGUAACUCGGAACAGGAGGCAAAAGUCGCAGAAGAAGUCCUCGAGAAGGUGGUUUGUGGGACUCAAGGAGUGGAUUGGCGGCGUCAGUGCUACCGAGUGUGAAGCUAGCACGCCGCCGUUGUUCGCCGAGGAGGCGGAGGUUCGCAAGGUGGAGGAGGACCAAAACUUCGCAGUCCCGGCAGACGAGAACCAGAGCUCGUGUGCUCUGUGCGGGGAGCCAUUCGAGGAUUUCUACAGCGACGAGACGGACGAGUGGAUGUACAGGGGAGCAGUGUAUAUGAACGUCCCUCCGGGAACUUCGACCGAGGGGAUGGAUAGGACGCUUUUGGGACCGAUCGUUCAUGCCAAGUGUAGGACGGAGAAUGCUGCAGCAGCUGCUGCGGCUGCUGCUUCCUCCGGCCUUUGACAAUCGAAAGGCCGGGGAGUUUCUUAUUGGGAUCGGGGAGAGGCCGGAGAGGAGAAAUCCGUAACACAGGUGGGCUGGGUCGAUUUGUAGAAACAACUGAGUAACAUUUUUGGCUGUACAAGAGUGUAAAAUGAGAGGACGAAAGAAAGAAUUGAUGUUUAAUCGCCGGAAACAGCACAAAGUAGCUCUGUGUGGUUUCUUUCUAACGAUCUUUGCUACUGGCUGGCCCCUCUCGCUAGAUCUCUCUAAAGGUUCUACAUGUUUUCUUUUCCUUGUUUAUGGCAGAUGAUAAUCAAUAAACUAAGUGUUGAAAAGUU